GGUGCGGACACUUUUUAGCGCGAACUCAACGUCCAUUUGCUGGUAGGUCAAUGAUACCCAAAUAAAAUUGAAGUUGUUAAUAUUUUUUAAUUUUAUUGCAACCUUCUCGGCGUGUUCUUCGUUUUAAUAUUGGCAAAAUUUUUGGAAUCCAAAGCCGAAUUUAAAACUGCAUUUGACAGACGGACACUUACGAAACAUACUAUUCCAAAAUAAACUUUAUAUCAUACUAUUUAAGAAUACUUUUGUGUAAUUCGACGAUUGCAAUUAUAUAGUCACAAACAGUUUGUGUUUGUGGUCACAAAUAUAUUAAAUGCGAAGUUUUCGAUAAAAUUAAUGAAAUCAAAGAGCAUUUUGAUACCUACUGAAAAUUAAAUGGCUUGCAAUUCCUGUGCGAAACCCUUCAAUCUUAUAAGGAAAGAGAAAGGAUGUCCAGGAUGUGGAUUCAGCUAUUGCUCUAAAUGUUUAAACAACAAAUUGUUUCUACCAAAACUCAAUACAGAGGCAAAUGUGUGUGCAAAAUGUAAAAGAUUGUCUCAAUCCAAUCAACCAAAAACAUUUGAGCCCCCAGAUUCAUAUUAUAAACGAAUGGGCCUAAUCGCAGACAUGAGUAGUAAUACAACAGGUAACAAAUCCAGUGAAUCAGAGCAAACCUCAAAAGAUGAAGAAAUUCGAAGCAGACUCCAGAGAUUAAAAGAAAACAGAAAGUCAGCAGCAGGAACAUCAAACGAAGAAAUUCAAAAUAGAUUGCAGAAAGUAAAGGGAGACAUUCCUAAAAUCAGUGACGCAGAGUUGCAGGAACGAUUGGCUAAAUUAAGAGGCUUACCAGUCAGUGCAGUUCAAAGUCAGCCUGUAUUACCAGCCCCUGAUAAACGAACAGAGCAAGAGCAAGCAGACGACUUACUAAAACAAUAUAUAGAACAAACAAACAUGAACACAAAAUACAAUGAUGAGUUUGAUAACCUGGUGAAAGAUAUGGAGUCACGUCUGGGUAAAUUAAAAAAUUCUGAGGCUACUUCAGAAUUAACUAAAACUGCUGAGAGACCUGAAAGUGAAUCAGAGGAUGAGGAGACUGCUGUGAGAAAAAUUGUAGAUAAGAUAAAAGCUGAAGCGUCACUAGAUCCUGAUGAAUUACCUCCUUCAACUAAUGAUGAAUUGCCGUUUUGUGAGAUAUGUAAUGAAGACGCGACAUUGCGCUGCCUAGGAUGUCGCUACUUGUUCUGUAAAAGAUGUUUUAUGGAACACAAAGACGACGACAAUGGAUGUAGCAGAUAUGAGCCAUAUAAAGCACCUAAAAAUGUCUAAUUUCUACAUACAACAUUAUUUAUUGCAUGAAUAAA